GUCAACAAUCUGUUUAAGACCGGCCCCUUCGACCAAUAUCCGACAGGUCUGGGUUUCAGCUACUUCUACGGCUUCAUCGCCGGCGAGACGUCGCAGUACGAGCCGCGGCUCUUCGAGAACACCAAUCCGAUCGAGCCUCCCUACACAGCGGAGCAGGGCUAUCACCUCACUGAGGAUCUCGCUGACCAAGCCAUCAAGUUCAUCCGUAACAACCGUGCUUUGACACCGGAUCGGCCGUUUUUCAUCUACUUCGCUCCUGGCGGCACCCACGGCCCUCACCACGUGCACAGCGAGUGGGCCGACAAGUACAAGGGCAAGUUUGACAUGGGAUGGGAGAAGCUCCGUAACAUCACCUUCCAGAAGCAGAAGGCGAUGGGAUGGAUUCCCAGCUCCACAGAGCUGACUGCCAUUGACCCCACCAUGCAGAAGUGGGAGGACAUCCCCGAAUCAGAGAAGGCCUUCCAGCUGCGUCUCGUUGAGGUGUAUGCCGGCUACCUCGAGCAUACGGAUACGCAGGAUGGCAAGGUCAUCGAGGAGCUGGAGCGCCAAGGGCUUUUCAAUAACACUUUGGUGAUCUACAUCCUCGGGGACAACGGAGCCUCUGCCGAAGGUCAGCAUGGCACCAUCGACGAGCUCAUCGCAGAGAACGGACUUCCAAGCACUGCGGAGCUUCAGAUCGAGGUCUUGAACCGGGAUUUCGGCGGCCUGAGUGCUCUGGGCUCCAAGCAUGUGGAUAACAUGUACCACAGCUCCUGGGCAUGGGCCUUGGACACGCCUUUCAAGAGCACAAAGUUGGUCGCUGCUCACUUCGGCGGCACCAGAACUCCGCUGGUUAUGUCCUGGCCAAACGUCAUCAAGCAUGAUUCAACUCCCCGGUCGCAAUUCCACCACGUCUGCGACAUCGUGCCGACCAUUUACGAGGCGAUUGGAAUCCAAGAGCCGGAGCACGUGGAAGGCACGGCUCAGAUCCCCCUUGAUGGCGUCUCCAUGAUGUACACUUGGAACAACGCCUCCGCAGUGGGACGGAAGGACACCCAAUACUUCGAGGUCAUGGGCAGCCGCGGUGUUUACAAGGAUGGUUGGUUUGCGAGCGUCUUCGGCCCUCGCAUCCCUUGGCACCAGAACGCCACACGCUUGAAGGAGUGGAACCCAGACACCGACGUUUGGGAGCUCUACGACCUGACAAAGGACUACUCCCAGGCCCACGAUCUUGCCAAGGAGAUGCCGGAUAAGGUUGAGAAGAUGAAGAGCAUUUUCCUUGUGGAAGCCACGAAGAACAAGGUCCUUCCUGUUGGUGCAG